AUGACUCCUGCGACUACACACACCAAUCCUCUCGCUGGCAGCCGCGUGCUGGUGCUCGGCGGUACUGGCGGUAUCGGCUACGGAGUGGCCCUCGCUUCCCUCGCCAAUGGCACGAGCGUUUUCAUCACUGGCUCCACGGCAGAUAAAGUCGCCAGUACCGUGACCCAGCUACGUGAAGCACACCCUCAGGUGCUCGCAGACAACAUCAACGAUGCUCCAGUUGACCUGGCCAACCUUGACAUGGUGGAGAAGAAUCUGACAGAGCUUCGUGACAAAGUCAAGGCCGGAGGCCCUAUCAACCACAUGGUCCACGUGGCUGGCGAUCUGCACAUGAUGCCGCAUGGCUUGUCAGUCAGGUUCGCUGCUGCUGUUAUACUUGGGAAGCUCGCCCUGAAGUACCUGGAUAUCUCUUCUAAGAACUCCAUCCCAUACCCUGGGCGGGCUAUCAUGACCGCCUACGCGACAUUGCAGGAGGACCUGGGGAAAGGCUUGGCAGUCGAUCUUCAUCCGUUGAGAGUCAAUGUUGUGUCUCCGGGUGCCGUGAAAACACCUGUAUUGAACAUCUUUGUACCGCCCGAGAAGAUAGAGGCAUUCUUGAAGAAUCUCGCGGAUCAGACAGUUACGAAGGAGGUUGGACUACCGGAAUGGGUGGCUGAGGCUUACAUUUAUGCCAUGAAGGAUCGGUACUGUACGGGAACGACCAUUCUUAGUGAUGGUGGAAGGUCUAUCGCACCAGCCCCUUACUUGGGUCAGCCCUCGUAG